AUAAUGACAAAUACUCGGCUAAUUUUUAAUGUGAUGGCCCGUCUGUAAUAAAUCCACGGAGUCCUCCGGUUCACGUCAAGUGCCCCCCACCCCAAGUCCAGGCAGCAGCAGAAUUGAGCGUGUGAUCCAAUCGGAGCACAGAAGCCGUCCCGGUGCCGUCCAAUCAGCGCGCGGCGUUCCUGCGACUCCUCCAAUGGCAGAACCGCCCGUGCAGGUGUCUGCCGUGUUAUCAGAGGGUCCCUCUCGGCUGGCGACACACCGCCAAGAGUGCGUCAAAAGCGGCCACAACAAUCCCGAGACUUCCUGGCACUCGGCCCGGAGCCUCCCGCUGACGAGGCGAGGACAUUUGGGACCAAGUUGGCUUCUCACCCGGGGAGUUGGAGAGUCGGCCAACUUUGCUUCGCGACUUCUCCUUCCUUUCGCUCCGGAGCGAGCGGCUGGCGGGCGGUUGAUGUUGACCAAUGUUAGCUGCUGUGGGCCAGAUGGAGGCUAACCGGCAGAGUGCUUUCGUCCUGGGCAGCACCCCGCUGGCGGCGUUGCACAACAUGACCGAGAUGAAGACGUCCCUGUUCCCGUACGCGCUGCAGCACAGCCCGGCGGUGACCGCCGCGGCGGCGGCGGCUGCGGCGGCGGCGGCGGCGGGGGCGGGGGCGGGGGGCAGCUUCAAGGCGCCGUCGCUGUCCAGCCUCAACUCCCAGCUGUCGAGCGGGGGCACCCCGCACGGAAUAAGCGACAUCCUGGGGAGACCCAUCACCGGGGCCGGCCAGUUGCUCUCCGCCGGCUUCCCCAGGAUCAACGGCAUCAACGGGCUGGCCGGCGCGGCCGCAGCCGCCGCCGGGAUGUACUUCGGCCCCGCCGUGUCGCGCUACCCAAAGCCGCUGGCCGAGCUGCCCGGCCGGGCGCCAAUCUUCUGGCCCGGGGUCAUGCAGGGGUCCCCGUGGAGGGACCCGCGCGUGCCUUGUCCGUCUCAGUCGAGCUUGAUGCUGGACAAGGACGGCAAGAAGAAGCACUCCAGGCCCACCUUUUCAGGCCAGCAGAUCUUCGCACUGGAAAAAACCUUCGAGCAGACCAAGUACCUUGCAGGGCCGGAGAGAGCUCGCCUGGCCUACUCGUUAGGGAUGACGGAGAGCCAAGUCAAAGUGUGGUUCCAGAACAGGAGGACCAAGUGGAGGAAGAGGCACGCGGCGGAGAUGGCCUCGGCCAAGAAGAAGCACGACUCGGAGACGGAGAAGAUGAAGGAGAGCUCGGACAACGAGGACGACGACGACUAUAACAAGCCUCUCGAUCCCAACUCGGACGACGAGAAGAUCACGAGACUGUUGAAAAAGCACAAGAGCGGCGCAGGCGGAAAUGUGGCUCUCAUCAGCCCCUGUAGCAACAGCUCGGACACCUUGUGAUGACCCCCCCCACCCCCCCAACAUGCAAGGGGGUCCCCAACAAACUCCCACGGGCCAAUUCGCACCUGACAUCGCGACAUUGGAAAGAGACCACGCUCCAUUUGGGACAACUGCAGUCCUCCAUCCGAAUGUAGACGGGCACGAUCGGAUUGCAGUCCGUACUUAUAACACUCAAAUCAUUUGGACGUUUUCGUUGAAGACUGAAAUCGCCUGUGUGAACACAGUGUGAUGUUGGUCUUCACGUGUACACGUGCUCACUCCUGACCCCAACGACAAGCGCUAUCAAGAAAAACAAUGGAGGGAUGGAUUUUAUUUUUUUUUUUUGGGGGGGUGGGGGGGACUUGCAACUUGCUUGAUUUUUUUUUUUCCCCAGAUCCGGAUUCAUCACCAAUGUUUCACAUGUCAGGUGUGAACGGGCUGUGACGCUUUCAAAGCUCAGUCGAAGCAGGGUAUCCACUGUCGUAAAAGGCGACGCAUAGAUAACGAAACACGGAUUGUUGACGACAAAGUACGCAGGAGAUUGUAUUGUAUAUAUUUUUUACAGAAUAAUUUAUGUUGUAGGACGCAGUGGGGAGGAUAAAAAAAAAUAAAAUUCCAUCCUCCACGCAGCCCCCAACGCGCUUAAAGAGCCACUGUUUCAUUUGGACUUCUUUUUAAGUCGCCAACUUCAAAAUGCUGUAAAUAGAAAGUUAAAAAAUGCAAUUGACACUACAUUUCUGUUUUGACCUCAGCAGAUGUCGGGAUAGGAGAAGUUUUCUUUUUUUUAUGUGGAUGCUUUUAAAGAGUAUUAUUGCUUCCGGGGAGGUUAUAGAAAGAAACACUUUGUAUUAUGAAUAAAUUAUUUAACAAACAUUUGUUUUAUCACCUUUUUGUUGUCUUAAUGUAUGGGGUUUAAUAUAAAUUAAAGAUAAAUUCGUGAAAUUAUUGGAUGUCAUUAUUGUUCAUAGGUCGUUUAGAAGGGUUUGUUUUUGUUGUUGUUCAUUAUUUAAUACUGGUUGAUUGAGUUUUAUUUUAAUGACUUGAACAUAUCAUUCAUUAUAAGAUCGAUUAAGGAAGCACCAUCUAUUUUAUAACAAAAUAAUACUUCGACAAAAACAAGUUGUAAUCCUGCAAAAAUAUGAAACUAAUUUAAGGAAAAACAUGAACUAUAUUACAUGAGAACUUCAUUCUUGAUUGAGAUCAUUCA